AAGAAAAAAAACUGUGAUAGACCCAGUCUCCGGAUGGCCUCUCUUUUUCUUCUUCUUCUCCGGAUCCUCUACCCCAAAAAAAAAAUGUUUAGCCCUUGGGCCAUCCGCCACACCAUCUUCCCCCGACCACCACUAGCACCAUUUCUUUAUAUAUUUCUACGUAGCUUAUAUAGGAUAGUAGAUAUAUAUAGGUAUGGAAGACACACCUAACCCAUAAGGGUGGGGAAGAGAGAAGUGGGAGGGACCUGCGAGCGCGACUUCUCUUCUCUUUUCCACCAGAAGAAGAAGCAGAGGACAUACAAUAAGAAGAAUGGAAAUGGGAGAGAGUAGGUAGGGGAAAAGGUACCACCACCACCACUAGCGCCUAUCAGACCCAGCAACCAGUGGGGGGGUUUCUAACUCUUGUCUAUGAGGAAAACGUCAGUCUUCUCAAACGCGGAGAACAGGGUGGACACACAAACUCGACGACACGAGUGCGAGUUUUUCUUCCAGGUUUUUAAAAACUAUAAUACCAACAAAGUGGCUGGCCGUUGCUGUUGCUGCUCCGGAGGACAUCAAAAAGUGAACAUCUCUUGUGUCAAUAUUACACGCACCUGUUGUGACUGUUGAACGUGUGGCCGCGUGAUAAUUCGUCAACGAUCCGUGUCCAUAUCCGUCGACUUUGUGUGACGAAUCGAAAAUUGAAUCGAAAAACAUUUUAUUGAUUGAUCGGUCCAAUAAGGGAUCGGCCCUUGGAAUUUGAAUUUUUAUUUUUUUGAGGGGCAUCGCUGAUUGCGGUUUGUUUCACGGGCAGUUGAGUUUUUUUUUCAUGGGAUUGGACGUCGUAAAAAUAUUAUAGCAACUACAUAGACAAGAAGAAGAAGAAGAAAAGAGGCGUGCCAACUGCUGCCCAGUUUUGUUGUUCCACUCACCUGUUGUGUGCGAAAUCUUUUCUCCCUAACGCGAACUGAUAUAGCGCGCGCCGAAUAAGUGUUGUUGUUUUUACGAGAAGCCAUCAAACAAGCCAAAAGCCAUCGACCACUUGGGCUCUUUUUGCCCAUCGACUCGAUCGCAGGAAGCCCCUCAAGUCAUCAACGGUUUUCUCAAAAAGUUAUUAUUUUUUUCCCUUUCGGUCGCUGCUGCUGCUGGGGCUGAUGCUUUGAUUGCUCGUCUUGCGGUGGUGUCUAUCGGACAACCGAGUGUUUUUCUCUCUCUCUCUCCAACAAGCCAAAUUGUUGUGGAAGGUCUCUCUGUCUAUCCCUUGGGUUGGCAGCAGCGCCGAAGAGUUGAAAAGGAAACACACAAAAAGCCCCCGGAGCCGUUCUCUCUCUCUCUCGCUCGGAACUCUGUUUCCAUCCAUCGUUGCAGCAGACGAUUUUGAAACACGCGCGGGUACGGUCCGACGAGUUUGGUGGUCGCCACCGUGUCACGUCACGACUCUGUGCGCUUCUCUCUAUUCCCUUAUUCGUUCGUGAUAGUGCAUCAUCAACAAGCAUCGCCUCCCCAAUUGUCUGGCUGGCAACCCCUUCGUCGACCUAUCGUCAACUGUAAUCAUCUCGAAGAAAAAUAACUUUGAUUUUUGUUUCGUUUAACGGUGAGCUUUUGACUGGGUCCCACCGGACGAUCGAGAUUUGGAUGAAGAAAGAAAGAAACAAAAGACUCUUGCUGCUGCUGCUACUACUCCUAUAAAGAUUGAGAGAGUUAACCGGUCCCUCUUCGGAGAAAUCUCUCUCUCGACCUUAUCUUCAUUGUGGAGGGGCGGUGGUGGUGCGGGGGGGAUUUUAUAUACAUCGAAUCGGAAUUCCACUCGACCCGUGUGUGUGUCUUUGUGUAUCGGAACUCUUAUAUACGAAAAAAACAAGAUACAUAUAGCCCUUAGAGCACUGUACCUUUUGUUACCUACAGCGAGGCCGUAUGCUAAUGCUCUCGGCUCCUUCAUCCGUUGCUCAUCCACCGCGCUCAACUACUAGCAGCUCCUGCCCGUUUUGAAUAAUAACACGCGCUCCAACCCUCUCUCCCGGUAUACCCGGAGUGGAAGAAGUCAUAAACAGGAAAGAAGAAGAAGAAGAAGAAGAAAAAGGGGGAAAAAAAGAAGAAGAUUUACACCCAAAAAAUAAGCAGGCGCUCCGCUACCACCGAGAAAGAAGAAGAAGAAGAUCGUCUGGAAUUCCAUUCUGGAAGCUUUGGAUUGCCCUACACGAGCAUGUGUAUUGAGGCCCCGUCGCCAUGCUGAAAUGGGCAAAGGGCUCGAAAAACGGCGGCCACAACAGUUCAACAGGCCAUCACUCGGGUUCGUCGGCGGCUCGUGUUAGCCUGGCCGACCUGCGACGCGCCUCCGCCAAAUUGCUGAGGAGGAAAGACUCGAGUUCCACCACCAAAUCCAAAAACAGUCCGACGACGUCCAGCGCCGCAACGACUAUUAGCGGAUCACCUCCGCACGACAUCAAAACGGGAGCCACGACGUCAUCAGAUGGGGGUGGCUCGCCGCCACCUCCUUUGGUGCCUCCACGCGGAUCCAGCGCCGCUUCCUGUCACGGCAUCCCCUCCUACGGCCAUUCCGGCGGAUCUGUGAUCAGUGCAGCGACGACUCCUUGUUCCGUCAGGUCUGCCAGUCACAAGGCCGGCGUCAUCAAACAGGCGACCGUCAGGAGAAUGUCCACCUUGCGUCAAGCCCGGUCCGUCUCUCCCGUCAAAGACAGGGGCCAGCAAAGGCGGCCGGAUUCGUCGUCGUCGUGCACGACCAACUCGUCGUGUUCUUCAUCGAUAACCAGUCGACGAGCGAGACGGAAACCGGCGGCCGUCGUCGACGACAACGGUAGCAGCCUCUACAUGCAGCUGGACAAGAUUCCCGUCGCUGUCCAACAGACGGCCGGUUCAUCCAGCUCCGCUUACAUGUCGGCCGCAGCGGCCAAUCUCAAGAGGAAAGCCCUGGAGGACAUUAGUAACCAGGCGUAUCGAAAUAUCAUUCACAGUCUACAGGACGAAUUGGCCCAAAUGUCGGACGCUGAAGCCGAAGCCGAAGCGGCCCGGUCCACAUCCGCCGAUGAAACGCGGACAUUGGCUGAAGCCACUCUCCUUCCCAUGAACCGAAUGGAAAUCACUCGGAGUUCCACCGUCCGUGCGCCCAAGGAAUGUGACAACGUCGAUCCUGUCCUGAAGCUACAAGUGUCUCCUUGUCCAUCCAUCAAGUACCAACAUCAACGAAGCACUUCACAGCCGAUGCCGUUGAAGAAGCUGGAUGGAGUGGUGGCCUCUUUUACCAAUCAGCCGCCGGCGUCGAGUGACUUGCACCGCCCGCGACCCGUCCGUCACCCGCCGUCACCAACAACAGCCAACGAGUCGGGCGACAAUUUGAUGGAUCUGUCGAGCUUAGCUCUGGCGUGUAGCCGGAACGGCCUUCCAUCAACUCCGACGCCGUCCUCGGCUUGUCAUCCGUUCAAUGGGACGUCGUCGCCACUCAAGAAAUCAGCGCCCUGCGGCCCCCACAGCUCUACCGGUCAGCACCUGCAUCAAUACGGGCCGGCCCGUUCGCUCGUCAGUCACGGGCUGUCCAUUGGGACGAGUAGCGCGGCGGAUUCGUCCAGAUGCCAAGACUCGUCCAGCCAGAACCAGAAGAAAAGCCGGCCAAAUAAGCAAGUGACAUUCCAAACGGAAGCCAGACUUAUUGGCAACGAAUCUAUCACUCUGCCGGUCGUCUUCGAAUCGGACCGGGAAGACGGAGGUCAAACGGACGGGAUCAAAGAGCCGCAACCGUUGGAGAUGCCCGGCUUUGUCAACAUCCCCUGCAGUCGCAGAGGAUUCUGCCUGGAAUUGGAUUCGGCCAACGAUCUGCCGGAGGUGGGCAAACUCAACGAAUCCUGCGGCUCCAGCAGCGAGCAGACAACGACGGACGAGGUGGAUCAUCAUCACGUGGUGAAACGCGUCAUGUCGCCGGACGGCGGCUACGAUUGGCAGCCGUCCUACGUCAAUUUGGAGGACACGGAAAUCGCUCCCGUCCUGUUGGCGUCGUCACGACCGGCCGACGAUUCCAGCGAUUUCUGGAAGCCCAGAUCCGUGGCUUCCGGUGGGCGACAGCAGCAGCAACAACAACUGGGAGAGCCACUUCAGCCCGUGUACGACGCGCCAAACAACAACAACAACAAAACCAUCGACGUGGAUAAUCCACUGCUGUUGGAAUUCCCUGGUUUCCGUUACGCCAUGAUGCAGCUACCUGGCAAUAACGCACUGAUGGAACGUCGCUCCAUUUCCAACGGCAGUUCCGGCAGCGACACGCAGGAUUCCGGUGUGGCGGAAAUGGCUCAAGCGCUUUCCCUGAGCCGGGCGGCCAGUGCUAGUCCGCAAUUGGCGGCCAGUCGGCAAAGCUUGGCCGAGGAUAUGUUGUUGCCCGUCCAACCUUUUGUGUACAACACGCUACCGCGGACGGAUAACAAGCGGAGCCUCUACUACAAUUGCUGGUCGAAUCAGUCACAGCAACAACAACAACAACAGCAGCAGCAACAACAACAGUCGAUGCCACUGCCCUCUGGUCCUUCCAGCGUGUACUCGACGACAGAUCCACACUUUCUCUCGGCCCUGGCCUCACCUUUCUUCAGCAGGCGAAUGCCGGAAGAGAAAACUCCGACCUCUAACUCUUCGUCGUCCACUUUGAUGGCCAAUGUGGAUCAGCAGGACUCGUCCUGGUCGUCCGAUCACUUGUACUGCAACAUGGCGUCGGUGGAUCCAUUGCCGAGUCUUCCGCCGAGAAUCUCCCGCCGUUGCCAUUCGCUGCUGGCCCUGGCGUCGACCAAAACUGCGGCGACAACCGCGACGGGUGAGGCGGAGGACGCCGACUACGAAAACCUCAACAUGCCGUCGCAACCGGGCCAGCCGGUCAUGGCGUUCAAAGCCAGGCUCAACGUAUCGCACAGCCGGAGUCGCAGUCUACGGCAUUCCGGCGAUUUUACCAGCCCGUUCGGCUGGAUGAUCCCGCCGUUCCAGCAGUCUAAAACCAAAGAGCAGGAAAAGCGAAACGAAUUGAUUGAAGAAAUGGAUACCAAAGUCAUUGACGAGAAAGAAGAAAUUUACAAACGAGCCUCUUCUCGUCCAAUCUCGUCCAGGAGGCAACAACUGUUGCACGAAAGAGCUCACCGGUUGGAGCUGAUGCUCAACGACGCCUCGGUCAACGAUUGCUCGGAGCUGUACGAGCCAUCCGACUGGUCAAUGGAGGCCAUGCUGUCCGACACCGUCCGCGACAUGGACAACCUCUCUUUCAUGGACGGGCCGCAACAACCAAACAGCCGCAGUCACUGCCAGCAUUGUUGUUGCACAUCUGUCCGCCGCCCGCUUCCGCCACCAAUGACCCAGUGUCGAUGUCAAAUGGCCUAUUCCAACCCUUCGCCUUCUUCAACAUCGUCGAGUGGAUCUUCCGGCGGAUCGUGCCAGUGCAGCCGCAAGAAAAAAUCGGGCGGAGCUACGUACAAACGGGAGUCGAUUAUUCCGAUUCGGGAAAACGCUGCCACUCAGACGGACUUGCAGAACGCCUCGGCGGCUUCGUUGAGAUUAGCCAGCCGGGCGACGGCCGCCGAGAAUCCGCUCUACAUGGCCUACAGCGAUUUGACUAAAAUCAACUGCGACGACUUGGAUCGUUCGGCUAAAAACGCGGCGACGAAUAAUGCGACGUCCGGCACCCAAAUCGGCGACGAUUACGCGUCCGACAGUUGUGAAACUUGGAAUUCGCACAAGGCCCUUUACGCCCGCUUGCAGGCGGCCAAACAGAGUCGCGAAGUGACGACCCUGAUGGAGACGACACCGGUGAAAAAACGCAACCACAACAACAAGGGCCGUCACCACCACCACCACCACAAUAGCAAGCCGCUUUCGACGCCCUCCGGUAGCCGAAUAUGGCGUCACGAUGGGCAGAGCGUCUCGACGCCUCAGAAGAAUCGACGGGACGGCGGCAGAAGGCGCCAUCAUCGCAGAAGAGGCUACUCCACCGUCAACACGACGGCCAAUUCCAGCAGCAAAAUGGACCAGACGGCCCUGAGUACCCGCAGCACAUACAGCACCAAGAGCUCAAACACCGUAAGGCGUCGCAAGAGCUCACGAAGACCUAAAGCUGCCGACGUUUUGCACGGAAAAGGACAGCUGCAAUUGGCGAUUUACCUCAAUUCCGGUCUACUGACCAUUCACGUUCAAUCGGCUCGCUACCUGAAAUCCAACAGCGGUAGACCUUGCAAUUCGUACGUCAAAGUGUCGCUGAUUCCGGAUAGUCCCGAGCAAACAUUUUGUCGGACCACGCUAGUCAAGAAUGACAACAAUCCUUGGUACGACCAGAAGUUCUCGUUCGAAUUCCUCUCGGCUGACCUUUACAAGCGGCUCUUCAUCUCCGUUUGGGAUCGCGAUGCAAAAAAGAAUCGGAGCGAUUUCAGGGGCUGCAUGUCUUUCAGCGUCAGUCACGUCAUACGUAAAGACGCGAGCGGGUGGUACAGACUGUUGAACGGGAACGUUGGGCGCCAGCGUCACUUUGCCGUGAAAAAGCAAAUUGAUUUGAACAAUUCGACCAUCGUACCGACUGAUCCCGACAUGGAGGAGGAUCUGGUCGUCGUGGACGACAGUGAUUUGGACAGUAGAGUCGUAGAGGAACAGGAUCGGAUCAGACGAGGACCUAGUCCGUCGCCGUCUUCGAUCGGGUCGAAGAUGACAGGAUCGGACACCCGUCACACUCCCCCACGCUGUCCGACUUUGGAGAUGGAACCGAAAGGCAAAACGCCGUAUACGACCACCGUCAACCUCAAACGAGGCCCUAAAGGAUACGGUUUCUCCGUCACGUGGACACAUCCGCCGAGGAUCGAGCGAGUUGAACCCGGAUUAGCCGCCGACUUGGCUGGCAUGCGCGUCGCCGACUACAUCGUCUUCGUCGGCAGCCACAACGUUGUUAAAAUGGAUGAAGAGCAAGUCCUUCAAUUAAUUCAAUCGGCCGGCGACACGCUGACAUUGGAGAUUUAUCGGAAGAGCGGCCAGAAACCGUCAGGAGGCGGAAGCGUCACUUCCGACCAGCUGACCGCUGCAGAGUUGCAUUCAGGCAGCAUCCAGCAGAGACAACUCAAAAGCCCGCUGCGCGAGUCCCCACACGAAGAAAUGGCGGCCUCGUCUUCGGACCUUCAGGAGAUUCACCGCGUCAAGCACGGACUGGUCAAUGCCGAGACAGCCAUGACCCUAGCAGUGCAUCGGCUCUUGAAUUCGAUUCAUCGUAUGACUUCGUCUAGCCAAUCAACCGACAAAGCCGCCAAGGCUGUAUUCUAUCUAUCCAUGUUGGAGAAAACGGGAGAGGAGCACAUCGACUAUAUGAUCAUGGCCAACCAGCUGCGCUCAUUCAACAUCCAUACCACGCCUUUGAUGAUUGCCUCCGAGCUGCACAAGUUGAAGAAGCUCCUAGAUCGCGUCAUUGAACAUUUGCCUUCAGUCGUCACUCUCUCUCAGGGAUCGUCCGAUCGUGAUGUUCUCAGUGACCAAUACCACGCCAUUUUCACGGCUUUGAAAGAGAUGUUCGUCUUUCUGAGAACGUUGAAUCAACUGAUGAAGACCGAGGACCGGGUCGACUAUUUCUUGGAUGCCUUCCAGGUUUCACUCGACAAAUUUCACACGAAGGCUCAAGAAGUUUUCUGGCCGAUCGAAUCCACCAAACAGGAUCCGCCAACGAUCGUGAAGCAGCAGCAAGAACAGACCAUUGUCUAUGCUGCUAGUAUCCGCCAGCCCAAACUCCAUUCAAAUGUCAAUGACGGCUGUCUGCUGCAUCAGGGCUUCCUUUGGAAACGGAAUGGCUCUUCAGAGACCCGCUUUUGGGCUCUUCUAUUCACCGAUUCCCUGCUGUUCACUCACGUGAACAAUGGCGUUCAUUUCGUCGAAGAAGAGCCGAUCCUGCUGUGCAACAUGGUCCGAUUACUCGCCGCCGAGAACCAGUUGAAUCCGGUUUUCCGCUUGGUCUACCGAGCAAGCGACAAGGCCCGCAUCGGAAAAGUUUCUAUCCAUCUCGGCUGCUCUGUCGUCACGAUGCGAGCUAAAGAUCGGACGCAAAAGCUCACCUGGGUCGAUCUUAUCCGCCGUCAAAUGGAUGAAUUUCAAAAUCGGGAGCACUGCUGGAACACGGCCAGCUUGUGCGAUAAGGAAGGAAGGGGCGAAGCAGAAGGACAACAGCUGAGGCGAGGCAGCAACAACAAUAGCAGCGGCCGAAGCCUACGAGGGAGUGGCAUCGCUAUUUUACGUCGAGUUCAUCGCUGUCUGUCGUCGGGCGCCAUCCCCAUCCCGGCGUCAAUGCCAAUUGCGACGCCGACGUCCCUCUCCUUGCAACCCACCACCGCCGCCGGACCGGCCUUCUACCAGAGCUAUUCUUGCGAUGAUCUCUACUUAGCGUCCGACUUGACACCUGGCAGGAAUUUUUCCAGCUCGAGCGAACCCAUAGCCGAGCAACAGUGCGAAACUCCCACCCCAUCGGCCGAAGAAGACGGACGGGAACAACAGCCGGAUCAGGAAGCUGCUGCUGAUGCUGAUGAGCUUGUCUUCGAGGGAAUUAACCUUGACAAUCCAGCAGCCAGCACGGAGACGGACUGGGAUAGUGACGUAAGUAUCGAAUCAAUUAACUUGAAUGUGGAGCCGGUCAAGGAGCAAGAGGAGCCACAAAGUUGUGCCGAUCGUUUACAACAACGGUUGUUUCGAUGCGUCAAUCUCAACGGACCAAAGGACAAAAUCGACCGUGCUGCCGUCAAGAAAAAUAGCAGCGGCGGUGGCGUCGGCGUCGAUCCGUGCUCGGCGGGAGGGGGACACGAUCCAGGUCGACCGGGUGCCGUUACCCAACCGAGUUCAGUUCCUCGUGUGCCGCAAAGCGCUACAGACCCCAUUCAAAUCAGCUGGACUGCCCGUCUCUGUUGCUCAUUUUUCGAUUUCAAACCGACCCAAACAUCAGAGAUUGCAUCUGCCACUAUCUGUUUGGAGGAAACUGAAGGACAAAGCCAACCGGAUAGGGAUCGCGUUCGUUCUCCGAAAGUCAACACAUUCCAAUCAGUACUGGGUACCAUAUCAGAAGACGACGCUGGCGUUGAGAGUUGCAGAAUGCGACAGUUCCAGUCUUCCAUGAACACGGAUGAGCGGCAUGCUCUACACAGCACAGGUGACAGCACGGAAACGAGUCCAAGUUGGGCGUCAGCGACGUCCAGCGCCAUGGAAACUCCCAACGGAGUCGACCAACCGCUCGCCUUUGAUUUCAGCCGAAAAUGUGAAUUGAAUCCUGACGGGCGCCAGCAACUCGUUCUGCCCAAAUGCAGGGUUGCCGCAUCCAGUCGAUCCAACUCCGCUACAAGAGCCCCCGGUGGCUCCACUCCGGUAUCAUAUAGCAUGCCGACAACUCCGGAAAUGUCUGAAACGUCGCCUUCACCUCGCCAAGUUUCGGCCGGAUUCUUUCGCUUCCCGUUCGUUGGCAAUAAUGCCAGUCCGCGCCGAUUCAGAAGUCGAGCAAUGUCUGCUGAAAGUAAUUCGGAAGAUAUCGGUCCGUCGGUUGUAGUGGUCGGAGGUUCAUCUUCCCCUCCAUCUGACGGCUUCGCGCAUCACCACCACCAAUCUGCUCACGAACAUCCGGAUCCGUCGCUACCGGUGCAGGCGAUCCAGCAGACGGACAAGAGGCUCCGUUUCCCUCGUUUCCUUCGCCGCACGCACAGCGCCUCGGCCACCACGGAAGCAGCUCCGCCCUACGCCCUUUUCCUGCGCACCAAACGGUCGGUGAGCAAAACCCGUUCGGCUGACUUAACCGUUUCUGCUGGUCCUAACGAAGUUUUCAGCAGUAGCGUCGACGAUGCGUCGUCUGGGGCCAUAGCCAGCAGGAGAACUCGACUAUCCGAAAUGCGACUUCGCCUAGGAUUUCUACGCCGGAGGAGUACGGAAUCCUCGUUAUCGGCUCGACCGCCGCCGGAAGAGGCUCAAAAAUGGGCGGAAUCAUUCUCGGCCCUAAUGGCAUCAAAAUAUGGAGCCGCCCUUUACCGCGCCUUUUUACUCCGUGAAUUCAGCAACGAGAACCUGGAAUUCUGGCUGGCCUGCGAAGAGUACAAGAACUCCAAACCGCAGAAGCUUUCCGCCAGAGCCCAAAAGAUCUACAAUGACUUCGUGGCCGUCCAAGCAACCAAAGAAGUCAAUUUGGAUGCCGAGACGAGACUCAUCACCCUGACCAAUGUCCAGUCAAAUAAUCCAGACUUGCACGCGUUCGACCGCGCCCAGCGACGAAUCCAGCACAUGAUGGAGCGCGACUCUUAUUUGCGUUUCCUCCAGUCGGAACUUUAUCUUGAACUCGUCCACCCGGAACGCUAUCCAGCGUCGGCAUCUUCCGUCGACGUUUCCGACAAGUCAUCGUCAGCUCCGUGAAAAAAACAAACCCAGAAAACAAAAAAAAAAAAACAAAAAAAAAAAAAACCGGGAACCAAAACAAACAUACGGAACGCUUUAGAGGCUAUACGAUGGAAACUUUCGGAGCCGAUGCAAGAAAAAAGAAAAAAAGGAAAUUGGAUUUUUUUUUCUGUCUUUCGGGUUUCGCCACUUUGACGUCGUCGUCCGUCACGUUCUAUUUUGGAAUCGUAUCUUCUCACGACAGAGCUGUACUGUGAUAUUACUGCUCCCCCCUCACCCAACCCGAUUUUGUUGUUGUUGUUGUUUAUCCUUUUUUUUCUUUUCGUGUAUUUCAUGGUUCUCUCUCUUUUCAUUUCUCCUCUCACACAUAUUUAUUUACUGGAAAGGAAAACACAGCGCGGUGUCCGGUAAUGUACAUAAAAGACAGACAUAUUAUGGCAGUUUUCCUCUUUGACCGCCGCUGCCCCGACCCUAAAAGAAAAUUCCCCUUUGACCAAAGGGGGGAAAAACCAAAAACCUUCGGCCAACAAAGUUUUCUUUUUUUAAAUUUUAAUUAUUAUUAUUCAAAAUUUUUGGUCUUCUCAAAAACACCACUUGCGAAAGAUUUCUCUUUCUAAAAAAAGAAAAAUCUAUAUUACAUCCGCAAGUGAAAAAAGACACACGGAGAAAGUGCGGGGGAAAAAAUAGGGAAAAGAAAAAAUCGAUUGAAAAAAAAAAAGAAAAAGAGUCCGGAUUUCCGGAUAGAUCUCCUGUUUUCGUCACUUGAACGCCGACUCUAUCUCUCGCUCCCGAUUUUUGUUUUCUAAAAACCGAUUGAGCUCUCUCCCCUCCCUUCCCUCUCUCUCUCUCCUAUUGUGCUGCAGCUCCUGGAGUGGGUAGCGUCCGGUGACGUCACUUGAGCACCAUACGCAGUGCUGCCGUGUCGCGUGUGCUGUUAUACUGCAUCCGUCUUUUACCAUAUGACAUAAUAUCAAAUGCUUUUGCUUUUGUAUUAUAACCAUAUAAUUUGUGUCCGGUCGUCGAAUGAAUUUUUAUAGGGCACCAUUCCGCGAUGUCGUUAUAACUAGUCGUCUCUCUCUCUCACUACCAGCCAACCAAAACAUCAUUUUCUCGCCAAUAUCUCUCUCUCUUUUGUCUUUAUUUAUUCAUUGAUGAUACAAAAGAGAAGUGGAUAUAAUUUCAUGUUAAUUAAUUAUCACCUCCCCCCAGUUCUAAACUAUGUUAGCAUAUAACUAUAUAUAACUCUGAUGUGUCUUCUUUUUUGGCUCUCUUUUUUCGUUUUUUCUAGUCUGAUGAAAUGUGUUUUGUUUUUCUACCACAAUUUGAUACGGAAAACGAUACACUGGAUCCCCUUGAUCGGUUUAUUCGUGGCAUUUGAUACAUAUGAUUCGAAAAAACAAAUGAAUAAAUAUAUCUAUUAUAAAUGCA